UCGCAGCAGUUGGUUGAUUCAUCAUCCUCUAUUUGCUCUCGAUUUAAUCUGUUUUUGAUUCUCUUCAUCGAUACACCAUGUAUAAAGUUGCCAAAGCCAGUGAAUAUCUUGCGAUUACCGGAAUUGGUAUCAGAGACAUUAAAAUUGCCAAGAAAGGAUGGGUCUUUCCCGGCCAAUCUUGUGCCAUUAUCGAGGUCUCUCCUGUCAAUUAUACGUUCCAAGUUCAAGCCAUGAGUGCCGAGAAACUCCCCUUUGUCCUCCCGGCCGUCUUCACCAUUGGCCCUCGCGUGGAUGAUGAAGAAAGCUUGCUUAAAUAUGCCAAACUUAUCGCCCCACAUGACAAGCACUCGGACCAUGUCACCGAGCUUGUUCAGGGUAUCAUUGAAGGUGAAACUAGAGUCCUUGCCGCUUCCAUGACCAUGGAACAGAUUUUUAAAGGCACCAAAGAGUUCAAGCAAGAAGUUUUUGAAAAAGUUCAACUUGAACUUAACCAGUUUGGACUUAUAAUUUACAACGCUAAUGUUAAACAACUGGUUGAUGUGCCUGGACAUGAGUACUUUUCUUAUUUGGGUCAAAAAACACAGAUGGAGGCAGCGAAUCAAGCUAAAAUCGAUGUUGCGGAGGCGAAGAUGAAAGGAGAAGUUGGAGCAAAGUUGAGACAGGGUCAGACGCUUCAAAACGCGGCGAAGAUUGAUGCAGAGACGAAGGUGAUAUCCACCCAAAGGCAAGGACAGGGGAGAAAGGAGGAGAUAAAGGUGAAGACUGAAGUUACGGUUUAUGAGAACGAAAGAGAGGCUGAGGUGGCAAAGGCUAAUGCUGAACUGGCGAAGAAGAAGGCUGCUUGGUCCAAAGAGGCCCAGGUGGCGGAGGUGGAGGCCGCCAAGGCGGUGGCCUUGAGGGACGCUGAAUUGCAAGGAGAAGUUGAAAAGAUGAAUGGCAUGACCAGAACUCAGAAACUCAAGGCUGAGCUUUUGAGUAAGGCCAGUGUUGAAUAUGAAACCAAGGUGCAAGAAGCAAACUGGGAUCUCUACAAGAAACAGAAAGCCGCUGAAGCAGCACUCUUCGAAAAAGAGAAGGAGGCAGAGGCUAAGAAAGCAAUGGCCGAGGCAGAAUUUUAUUCUCGUCAACAAGCCGCUGAUGGAGAAUUAUAUGCAAAGCAAAAAGAAGCUGAAGGGCUAGUGGCAGUUGCGCAAGCCCAAGGGCAAUACCUGCGCACUCUUUUAGGCGCAGUGGGAGGCAACUAUGCGGCCGUGAGGGAUUACUUGAUGAUAACUGGGGGUAUGUUCCAAGACAUUGCCAGACUUAACGCUCAAGCCGUGCAAGGAAUGCAGCCAAAAAUCAGCGUUUGGAAUAAUGGUAGCGAUGGAUCAGAGGGGGCUGCAGCUGGUGGCUCCGCCAUGAAGGAAGUUGCUGGGAUUUAUCGCAUGCUGCCACCCUUGUUCAAGACUGUUCAUGAGCAAACUGGAAUGCUCCCACCUUCUUGGAUGGGCUCUUUGCCUGACUCCACCAACCCUCCCAAUAAUUAAUUAGCUAUUAUAUAGGUACUUAUAUUGACAAGAAGUGCCCAUUUACUGUCACUGUUUCUAUUAGAGGUCGUAUUUUGGCCGGUAUUUGUCACCAAUGUUCUGAAAACCAAACCGGACCGUCUGGUCGGACUGGUUCGACUGGUAACCGGUGGUAUAUCUGGUCCGGUAUCCUUUGAAAAUUGCUAAUUUCAUUCAAACCGGAUUAGACCGCUGGAAUAGUGUUGAAUCGCGGUCCAAUCGCAGCUUAAUCCCGCCAGAUUUUGGCAUUAUUCGAGGGAGAAAACAUCACCAUUAGACUUGACGGCAUCUCCAUGACAAAACCCAUCCAUUUUCAAUGGCCGUCGUCCAGCCUUUGUCGCUUGCCGUCCACCUAAUGUUCACGCCACCGUCAGACUUUUUUCUUGAUUCCAGUUAGUUCCGGCGCCAAUGGAACUCCCUAGCACCACCAUCAGAUUCGUCGGCACCUAUACAUCAAAAGCCCCAUGAUUCCAAACCUCGAUUGGCCAUCGAUCGUCGCUGCAGCCACCAUCACUAGUCUCUUCGCGCAACAGGGGUGUUUUGGACAUAUUUCAAACCUUAAGGGAGUAUAUAGGGGUGUUUAUGAUGAAUUUCAAACAUUUAGGGACUAAUAGAAUUUUACAGAAUACGGUCCAACCGACCAAUCCAACUGGUCAAACAGAAAACCGGACCUUUGAACGGGUCAUAGUCCGAUCCGGUUUUCAGAACAUUGCUUGUCACAGUGCUAAG